AUGGCCGACGAGAACGCCAAAAAGAUCUCCGAUGUGAAUGUCGACGACUACGACGCCAUCUUCUACACUGGUGGCCAUGGUCCGACUAUAGACCUCCCAACCUAUACUCCCAACAUAGAGCUUGCCGCCAAGCUCAUCACAGGCCAUGCAGAUGGACACAGUCAAGGACGUACUGGGAGGGAAUUACGAGAAGGGAAGCCGUGGGAUGUCAAAGUUCUUGUGCAAGGAAACUUGAUCACUGGCCAGAAUCCUGCGUCGGCGUUGAGUAUGGGACAGGACUCGGAGAUUCUCAAGGCGCUUAACAACUAG